AUGUGUCAAUACCUCAAGUCUAUCAAUGAUCUCACCUCUGUGCUGAGCAAUGACACCGCUGCUGAUGAAGGUUACGCCAGCCUCGAUGAUCCAAUUGCGUCAGACAAGUUCAACCAUGGAUCAAAGGAUAAGGAUUGGGACAAACUUGAGUUAGACUUCUCGAAAGUCAAUUCAGAAAUGUUUGACGUGAAGACCAUGUUAAAAAUGGCAAGAGAGUCAACUCAGUUAUUGGAAGAGUCGAACAGAUCGAUUCUAAGAAAACUUGAAAGCUUAACCAUUGGUCAAGCUGCAAGCAAGACUUCACUGAGAGAGGACUUAUCCUCAAGAAGAUUAAACACAAUGGAGAAAACAUUGGGAGAGAUGAAAUUUGAUCCAAGCACUGACGUUGUGCCUAAGAUCACAGCCGAUCCCGUUAUUGUUGCUGAAAGACUCUACGCUAAAUACUUCAAAGAAUUGCCUCCAUUUGAUGAAGAGGAUGUUCAAACUCUUGGACCAUGGAACAACGCAUUGAGGUACGUCACUGAGGACUUUCCUGACAUCGAAUGGAUGUUGGAAAACCCUGAAGACCAAAACCCCCCAAAAGAAAUUAGAAUCUUCGGAUACAAAGGAAGAAUGGCAAGGAGUUUCUUCAACAAUGUCGAUUUUCUACUUGAAAAAUCUUUCGAAAAAAAUGGCCUCGUCAAGCAUUUAAAAUGGAGUGACAGCAGGCAUUUAUGCAUCUUAUCAGUAAUUUAUCUGAUAUUGAAGAGAAACCCCGGAAAGAUAUUACGGGACCAAAUUAAACACAUUGCAGAAUCAAAACGCAAGAGAGUGUUAGCUGGAAACACCGCGUCACAUGAUGCAUCGAAGAAAACCACUAUAAGUGACGGUAUCCCAAAGAGGUUAAUAUUCUACCUACAAAAUGCAAACUCCGACGGAGGUCUCGACAUUCUAUUAAAUCCCCCAGAAGGUAAGGGAAGUGAAGAAGUAGUAUUAGACGAGGUCGCCAAGGAAUACGAGAAAUUCUGCGAAGAGAACUACAAAGAAAUAGUUGAACGUAUCUUAAAAGAAUUAGAUGCUCCCAAAGAAUACGCUGAUAAAAAUAGAGAAAUACUAUUAGAAUUCGCGCAAGAAAUCGAAGGAGCAUUAGGAAGACUCACGAUUCCUUACGAAAGAAUCACGGAACAUCCCAAUUUCAUUAACUGGGAUAGAACACCACCCAAGAAGAAGACGACACGGAGUGCCGAAGGUCGAAAUGGGAAAUCCAAGAAAAAGCGGAACCAAGAUGAAUUUAAAAAAGGGAAAAAAAUGGUAAUGAUGUCCAACUCUGACUCGUUGCAGCCUCUAAUCAAGUCGGCAUAG